AGUAAGUCAGGUGUUUACUGGCAAUACUUUUUAAACAGUAAAAGUAUAGAGUAGAACAUAUUAUACUUCCUCAUACAACUUUAAAUUGGCAAAAGGGAACACAAGGCGAACCAUGGCAAACAAGUUGGUGAUCAUCGACACAGACUGCGGCAUUGACGAUGCUCAGGCCAUAAUGAUGGCCUUGGCGGCGCCCAACCUGGAGGUCCUGGCCGUGACCUGCGUCUUUGGGAAUGCCGCGGUGGAGAACGUGUGUCAGAACGUUUUGCGGGUUCUCUCUGUCUGCGAGCGCCAGGGGAUUCCAGUGUUUCAAGGCAGUGCUGGUCCUCUUGUUGGAGUCAGUAGCCCAUUCAGUGAUCACUUUGGAGGUGAUGGACUUGGGGAUGUGCUAGAGGACAAAGAUCCUCAGUGGAAGGAGAAAAUUCAACAGGAGCACGCUGUCGAUGCCAUGAUUAGACUGGCAUCUAAAUAUGAGAAUCAGGUCUCCUUGGUGGCCCUGGGCCCGCUCACCAACCUGGCGCUGGCCGUCAGACUGGAUCCACGUUUUCCCCAAAAGCUCGGAGAGCUCUUCAUCAUGGGAGGCAACAUGGAGGGAAAGGGGAACGUGACCGUCUGUGCAGAGUUCAACUUUGCAACAGAUCCAGAGUCGGCUUACGUUGUUCUAGAAGAGUUCAUCUGCCCUACUUACCUCGCUACGUGGGAAUACUGCUGCAGAAAUGCCCUGACUUGGGAGUUCUUUGAAGAGCUGGUCAACCAGGACUUCCCGGCGGCCUGCUUCAUGAAGGCGGUGACAUCGAAGUGUUGGGCCUACUCCAAAGAAGCCAUGAAGAACAAGAGAGACGUGUACUUCGGGCCUGGCUUCGUCUCAUAUGACUCCUACGCGAUGGCAGCCUGCGUGGACGGCAGCACGAUGCUGGAGAGCAUCGAGUGCCCGGUGCGUGUGGAGCUGCAGGGCUCCAUGAGCCGCGGCAUGUUGGUGCUGGAUCGCACAAAGUCUCUGAAGAAGAGCCACGCCGUGAGGGUAAUGUCUAAAUGCGAUGUGAAGAAGUUUGGUCGGCUCCUAAUGGAGUCUCUCAAACAACCGUGGAGGAAGUAACCCGUUUGGCUGUGAGGUUUAUUUUUCUUCUGACAAUGCCUUCAAAUGAGGGACAAACUUUACAAGGAUAAAAAAGUUUUUUUUGUCCCUCACGCCCCCCUCCCUGUAUACCAUUAUUGUCUGGGUCAGAGUUUGGACCAAACUUUAAUCAUUAAUCAGAUGGCGUCACAUUCAACUUUGGAUUGGUAGAGACAUUCACGGAUCAACGCAACAAUCAAGGUUCUGCACAUGAAGGCCAAAUAAUUACCACAGUGAAUGCUAGUUUUCUGUAAUAUUUGUAGAUUUGUAAAUAUCUGGACAUUUUGCAUGGACCAUUUCAUAUAGGAAAAUACACUGAAAAUCUAAACAAACAUGGGUCAUGACUCAUGAAAGAAAACUUUGCAUUUCCUCUUUCUAGUUAAACAAGAUAUGAUAUUUCAGUGCAAAUAUCACCUUAAAAAAAGAUUUUUUUAGGUGUUUAUCUGCUGUGUUUUAUUCUUGGAAUCACUUGUUAAGGCCAUUUCAUUUUAAAGGUUUUGGUGCUGAACACUCAAACUUUUUUUAAAUUGUAUUUUAAAUAUAACAUAGGGAUUUAAAUCACAUGUAAAAAAAAAAAAAAAAAAGUUUUAGAUUUUAAAAUGUACCCAAGUUAAUCAGCUUAUUUAACAAGUGAGAUUCCAAGAGGUGUAGUUUUUCCUUAGUUGUCCAGCAGAGGGCAGCAGACACCCGGUAGCGGUGCAACUGAAGCAUGAAUUGUUGAAUCAUGCUGACAUGUUUUAAUCUUUUUGAGGAAGAGGAACAGCACACGAUCUAAAGAGAACAAACAGCUGCACCCUUGCAGCACCAGGUCCAGAUUCCAGACAGUAUUUCAUAAGCAAAAAUAAUCAUCCAGACAAGAAAAGCUAGAUGUUUCCUCAUAAUCAGAGGAAGGCUGACGGGUUACUCUGCCCUUAUUCGUGGGUGCUUAAAGUACUUAAAAUAUCUCAGAGAAAUGGGACAUGCCUUCAGGAAUUCAAUACAUCACUUCUUACCACCUUAUUCUACAAAAACAUAUUGAGAAAUAAAAUUUUUAUAAUUUACUAAUAAAACUAAUGAUGUAAAAUGAAAUACAACUUUUGCUUCGUGUUUGAGAGGAUAAAUCCUUUGUUUCUGUUCAUAAACAAGGAAUUUGACUUUGGUUUCAUAUUCCCUUCAUGCUGAAAUAUGUAAACUUUAAUAAAACAGCAGUCCAACAUCGCUAACCAGAUCAACCAGUUUGAGGCAGAACUAUUUCAAAACAUUAAAAUAGUUUGUUUUGCUAGUAAAUAAUUAAUUUUCUAGCGAAACUUGUCAAAACGUCAGUUUACAAAAAGAAUUGUCCUUAAUGGCGUUACUCAUACUGGGUAAAAAGAAAAGUGGACAGGUAAGAAAAGUAAAGAUUAAAGUCUUACCUGAGCAUUCUUCUACGCAUUUCCUGGAGAGCAAAAAUGCCAGACAAAAAAUGUUUUUCCAUGAAAAAUAUUUUAAAAUCAUGAUUCCUUUUUCUUUCACUUAAGUUAUUAAGACCAGGUUCUGGUUCCAUCUUGCUUGGACUUUCUCUGCAGUCAAAUUUCUCAAAGACAUUAUUAAAGGUUUUUCUUUGUGUUCCUGUAAUCACUGAACUCUGAUGGAGGUGAAGCAAAUUUGGUCCAAUGUUAGCUUUUAAAAAACUUUUUUUGAAAAAUUCAUUCAAUAUAUUCGUUAUGGGAUCAUUUGUGAUAAUUUUUCAGAUUAUUAAUUUGUAAAACACUUAAAAACGGUUUCAGAAACUAUACUUGUGAUGCUUGAAGCAGAUUAUCACAUAAUGAACAAAUUCUUCGUUACCACGUAUAUUUCUGUCAGAACUUGCACAAACAAUUCAAUUUAGUUUAUUUAUUUAGUGCCAAUUCACCACAAAUGUCUUGAGACACUACAAAAAAAAAAAUCAAGAGGAAAACCCAGAUUUUCUGCUGAAAUCCUUUAAUUAAAUUUGCAGACAAACGAAGGCGACAAGAAUACAGUUCAAACCCCAAACGGAGGAAUUUAGUUUUACUUGAUCGUUAGACCAAAUAAUUCCACUUUAAAAAUGGAUAACAUAAAUGUUCCUAAAACUUUUAUGGGAUGGGUAUACAAAAAACCUAAAUAACCAAUACAAAUCCAAUUUUAGAUUUUUUUUUUUUUAAGAUCCCUUCUGCCGAAUAAAAAGCAAAGUGCAAUGAUCCCGAUGUGAAUGACUGUAAAUUUUGGCCUCUGAAACAAAAAAAAAAUGUUUUAAUUAAGAAACCAA